UGUGAUGUGUUCAAGUCUUGAUUAGGAUUUUUUUGUGUGUUAUUUUCAGCUAAUGGAAUCUAUAAAUGUAAUAAAUUACUUCUGCUUUCAUUUUAGAUAAUAGUUAUAGCCAAUAUUUUAAAUUACGGAGCUAGAAUUUUGUCUCGUGGUACGUGCGUAGCAUUUUAUCUGACCGGCAGCCAUACUUUCGUCUUCAAUAAUGGUGCCACUUUCAUUGCAAAGUUUCUGAAGAAAAUUCCGUUGCCCAUCCGAUUGUAUAAAUGUUUCCGUAAGGAAUCCUAAUAUUCAAAAAAGAAAAAAUUUGCCAUGGAUGUGGACCAGCUGACGUACGACAUUCAACAAGAAAGACCGCAUGGUUGUGAAAUAUGUGGUAAGAGAUUCAAGAAAGGAAAUCAGCUCAGGCAACAUCUCAUCAUCCACAAACCCCUCGACAAACGUCCAUACAGUUGUUACAUCUGUGAGAAAACUUUUAACCGAUCUCAUCACCUGAAGCUUCACGUUAUUGCUCACACUAAGCAGAGUCCGUACAGAUGCGAGAUAUGCGGCCGGGGCUGCAACCAAAUGAGCAAUCUGAGAAGGCAUCUGCAAACUCACGAGUCUGAAAGAAAUUUUGCAUGCGAAUACUGCGGGAAGACGUAUGUCGAAGAAACCGGUCUCCAGAGACACUUGUUGAAGCAUACGCAGAGAAAUGUCUAUCAGUGUGAUUCUUGUGAUAAGACUUUUUACAAAGCCGCAAAUCUGGAAAAGCAUUCCUUGCUCCAUAGCGGCGAUAAGUCAUUUUUGUGCCAUUUAUGUAAUAAAGGCUUUGUGAGGGAGAGCAGCUUGAAGCAGCAUCUGGCCACUCAUGCAGACGAGGAACCACACAGCUGUGAUGUCUGUGGCCGCCGUUUCAAGAGGCUGGGGAACUUCGAAAACCACCUGAUUACGCAUACCGGAUACACUCCCCACGUCUGUGACAUUUGUGGCAAGAAAUUCUUGCAAAUUGGAAGUUACAGGCGACACUUGAGAACGCAUUCGGAUGUUCUCAAAGGUGCUACUAAGAUAAGUUUGGACAGGGGAGAUUCAGAUAUGUAUCUGUUGCACGAGGAUGAGGAGGAGGAGGAAGAUAGCCCUGAGAUGCUGUCCCCAGACAUCUCCAUCAGAGAGUAUGACGCCGAUAGCAUGAUGUAUAACAAUGUCGAAGGCGAUACGCUCAUGAUUGGCGAGCCCGACGAUCAAGGUAACGUUACGGUUAUUAGUUCUGCUUGUUCUAUGGAAGAUAUUCAGAGUUUAAGCCAAGAUGGGAAGGAGUAUUAUUUGAUUGAAGUUAAGGAUUGUUCUGCAGAAAAUGAAGGAGCUGUUACAACAAAACCUUUUGUGCAGACUCUUUGAAUUCUGUUUUGUUAUUAUGUUGAAAGUUUGUUUUGUUGCAAUAAAAUAACUUAAAUAUUGACAUGUAUUUAAUUGUCACAUUAUAUGUACAUAAACAUGCAUGGAAAAAUCAAAAUGCAAACAAUCUCAACUUGAGAUUUUUUAAACUCAAAUCUCUUUCAGCCUAU